CAUAGCCGCCGUCGUGAGAUCAAUCGAAGCCGCCUCAUCCGCGGCUGCCGCAACGGCGGGCACGAUAAUCGGAACGAAUCACGCGAAGUACGUGUUGGAGUCGUAUGUGAACCGAAAAAUGUUCCAAGGUUUCGACCACGAGACGUUCUACACGGACGGCGGCCUCUCUUCCGUAGCCGACCCGGAACAGCACCGCCGCGGCUGUUACACAGUACCGGGACAUGAAGGCGAUGGAUCCGGCGGAGCUGCUGGGGAUACUCCCAAAUUGCAGCUUCGGAAACUUCUGCUUCAAGAAAUACCUGGCAAUCAUCCACCCAAAACGGAUGAGUCUCUGUUCGGGGAUUUGGAGCAGAGGCGGCAGGUUCUGGCCGGGAACCACCCGAGGAGCCAGUUCUACGGAGAGUUCCUGGAGCUGGCCAAGGCGGUGUGGAUGCUUCAUCUGCUGGCGUUCUCUGUGGAGCUGCCGCGGCCGUGCCAGUUCGAGGCGAGUGAGGGAUCGGAAUUUCGCUCGGAGUACAUGGAAAGCGUGGGGAAGUAUUAGGCCGGAGGCGGAUUUUGUAUGGGGCUAGUGGUUGGGUUUCCGGUAAGUCCGGGGUUUAAGCUCGUGAAUAACAGUGUUGUUAAGGCUAGAGUUUAUAUGGUUCCCAAGUGUGGCUAAUGGGGUGCCUUUUGACUUUUUUUGAGUCAACUCUUUUACAAAUGUAUUUAUUUAACCCCGAGUAAUUGAAAAAUUUCCGAUCAUAAUCCAAAAUUUUGUUAUGGAUAAAAAGUAAUAUGAGAUUAAUAGAUUAUUUGAGAAAAAGUAUGAUGUAAUAGAUAUGGUAAGGAAAAAUAGGGAUAAAAACAGUUUUUUUAAUGAAAACUGGAAAAGUUG